UUGAAAACUUUGAUUCAUUACGAUUUGAAAAGGCCAACGACAUGUUUCGAGAUACUCAAAAAAUCGUCGUGGAAGACGGGAGUGCCCCGUCGGCAUCGUAUGUCAUAAACAUUCGAAUGGAAGAUCUGUUAGAGAAAUUAAAGUUAUUAAAUUACGACGAGGAAUUUGUACAAGAAUUAAAAAUUAAGCCGAUUAAUAGACAUCACUUCGUAGUUCCAACGAAUCCGGGCGAACAGUUUUACAUGUUCACUUGCCUGGCUGCAUGGCUAAUAAAAAAGGCAGGAAAAAAUUUUGAAAUACCACAAGAGUCGGAUGAUCCUAAUUCUACGAUAGCUCUGAUCUUAGAUUAUCUCAGAGAAAUCGAUAUACCUGUGGAAUUCCCGCCCAAUAAACUAAAGCAGGGCAGUGGAGAACAUGCGGUUUACGUUUUAGAUAACUUGGCUGAUAAUGCUUUAAAGAUCGCACAAUUCAAAUGGAAAAGGAUAAAUAUUCCUCCUGAUGAACCUACUCCAGAACCGGAUAUAGAGGAUGACGACGCGGAGUUAAUCCUGGAGAAAGUGGAAGAGGAAAUGAUGGCCGAAUAUGAUGACGACGAUCAAGAUAUCUUACAUAUAGAUGAUAUUACAAAAAUUUACGGACAAAAUAUUAGCGAAACGCAAAAGUUGGACAGCAUUUUAGAAUCUACAACUAACAGGGAAGAGUGGCAAUUAGAAUUAGAAAAAGUUCUACCUCGUUUGAAAGUGACCAUUAAGACAGAUUCAAGAGAUUGGAGAGCGCAUCUUGAGCAGAUGAAACAAUUGCGUAUGAAUAUUGCGACAAAUCUAAGCGGUACAAAGGCUCACUUGAACAAAAUUUACACCGAUAUCGCGAGUACUUUAGACAAGAUUAAGACUAGGGAAACUUAUCUUAACAAGCAACUCGAACCGUCUUUAACAGAAUACCGCUCGUUGCAAGAAGAAUUAUCGAAAGUCAAGGAACAGUACAGAGAUGUUAGUGGCGGUGUUACUGAACGAACACGAGUUCUUAAUAAAUUAGUGGAGGAGUUGGAACAUGUGAAGAGAGAAAUGGAUGAGAGAGGCUCCAGUAUGACUGACGGAACGCCGCUUAUUAAUAUAAAGAAAAUGAUCACGAGGAUGAAGAAUGAAAUCUCCGAGAUGAAUAUUCGAAUCGGAGUGCUGGAGUACAGUUUGAUGUGCGCGAGAGUACGAGAUCGAACACAAUUACGAGAAGAUAUGAACAGCACGAGUACCUCAAUAAUAAUUUAACGCACGUUGUACAUAUUUAUUAUUUAUAUUUACAUAUUUCAAUCCGUCCAAGUACGAAGUCUAGUCUUGAGUAAAUGUUAAAUCUGUUUUUUUUUUUUGUUAUUGAAUUAGUAUACACCUUAGAAACUCUUAAAGUGGUACAUAUUUGAUAUUUGACGCAAGCGAGAAAGAAAGUUUUAAUACAAUCCGAAUACAGGAAUAAAAUAUUGACCUAUUGUAUGUGUCAUUACGGGUCCAAUUACCCUGCUUCUAACGAAGUUGCGACAACGUAAUUACGUAGAACUGAAAACAAUCGACUGCAGUG